AGGAAAGCACCUUUCUGUAAACAUAUACCAGCAGCGGCCCUUUCCUACAAAGCACACUUGAAUAUUGUUCUCUUCCAAAAUCCCGGUUGUUGAUCUUGAAGAUUUGCUUUUCUCCAGAUCAAGUGAAAGAUAUGUCCCCACAAAUCAUUUUUCUCGUACUUUUCAUAAUCUUAGGAGCCCCCUUCUCAUCCUGUUUUAGCAGCUACCAAGAGGGCCCACUUACGAUUGAUCAUCUAGACGACACUCAUGGUUCUGAUGAUCAUCGUAGAGCCUACACCACAUCAAUAAGCAAUAAUAUCGAUCAUCAUCAUCAGGACCAGGAUCAUGACAAACAUGAGCCUGGGUUUGUGGACCUGAUCGUGAUGUCUGCGGCCAAAAGGUUUGGUAUGAAAAGAAGGCUUAGACAAGCACAAACUCCUUCGACCUCACCAAGCUGGCUGGUCAGUGUAGAUCACUUUGGAGCUAAAGGUGACGGAAGAGACGAUACUGAGGCAUUUCGGAAAGCUUGGAAGGCAGCUUGUUCUUCUGCAAACAGUGUUCUUGUGGUCCCUAAAAAUGGGAACUACCAUCUCAAGCCAAUUACAUUCUCGGGUCCCUGCAAAUCUGAUAUGACAUUGAAGGUCUACGGAACAAUCAAAGCUUCUUCUCAUAGAUCAGAUUAUGCAAGAGAUACACGACAUUGGCUUGUUUUUGAAAAUAUUCAAAAUUUUGUAGUUGAAGGUGGGGGCUCCAUCAAUGGCAAUGGGAGGAAAUGGUGGACAAACUCAUGCAAAAUUAACAAAAACCUUCCUUGCACGCACGCACCAACUGCUGUGACCUUCCUCGGCUGCAACAAUUUGAGAGUGUCUAAUCUGAGAAUCCAAAACGCACAGCAAAUGCAUGUUUCAUUUCAGAACUGUGUAAACGUCAAAGCCUUGAAUCUCUUGGUGACUGCACCAGGGAAUAGUCCCAAUACGGAUGGAAUUCAUGUUACCGAAACACAGAAUAUUAAUAUUCAAAACUGUGUUAUCAGAACAGGUGAUGAUUGUAUUUCAAUAGUGGCUGGGUCAAAAAAUGUUCGAGCCACAGACAUUACAUGUGGACCAGGUCAUGGAAUAAGCAUUGGGAGCUUAGGAGCUGACGGUUCCAGCGACUAUGUUUCAAAUGUGGUAGUUGAUAGAGCAAGACUUUCAGGAACUACUAACGGAGUGAGGAUUAAAACUUGGCAGGGAGGCUCUGGGUAUGCCAAAAAUAUCCUAUUUCAAAAUAUCGAGAUGAACAAUGUCAGCAAUCCUAUAAUCAUAGAUCAAAACUAUUGCGAUCAAGAUAGUCCAUGCAAAGAACAGGACUCGGCUGUGCAAAUAAGCACUGUGAUUUACAGAAACAUCAAAGGUACUAGUGCUUCGGAGGAUGCUGUAAAAUUCCACUGCAGCGAGAGCAUUCCCUGUCAGGGGAUCUCAUUGCAAAAUGUUGAUCUAGUACGCGCAGGAGAUGCAGCUGUCAAAGCUUCUUGUGACAAUGUUGGACUGGCAAACAAGGGGAAAGUCUUUCCACGGUGCUGAUCAUGAAUUAUUCGGUGGAAAAGCGAAAUCCAAAUAUACUUCUUUUUUUUAUUAUUGACAGUACUGUAAAUUAAUAUAAUUGGCUUAGCAUCAAUACGCCGGUACUGGUCGAUUGUCAGAUAUCGCUUGCUGUUUUAGUCGUAGAAACAUAGAAAAUAGGGAAAGUGUAUGAGUUGUUGAAUACAAUUCAAAUAAUUGCAUGCUUUUGCUUCUUUUUUUCCACAUCAUGUUGAGGUUCAUAUAUAAAUAAAGUAUAUUUAUUUGUUUUGGAAAGUA